GUCACUAUAAAGCUAACGCAGAAAUAAACAGCGAGUUUCAAUUUUCUAGGUUUUUUUUCGAGAUUAUUUGCUGAUAAAUAACUUUCCAACAUAGGAAAUUACGAUGGAAUCGUUGUACAGUCUUCCUUUUAUGCUUUUCGAAGUUCCGAACCUGAAACUUAAAAGGCCGUCGUGGUUUCAGCAACCUUCGGCGAUGACAGUGUUUUCGUUCGUGCUGCUGUCUUAUUUCCUGGUUACCGGAGGUAUUAUAUAUGACGUGAUUGUGGAACCUCCAAGUGUCGGAUCUACAACUGAUGAACAUGGCCACUCGCGACCAGUCGCCUUCAUGCCGUAUCGUGUUAACGGUCAAUAUAUCAUGGAGGGACUUGCAAGCAGUUUCCUGUUUACCAUUGGCGGUCUGGGCUUUAUAAUCAUGGACCAAACACACACCCCGGGUAAACCUAAACUGAACAAAAUCCUACUCAUUGCAAUGGGAUUCAUCUUCAUUCUGGUGUCGUUUUUCACUACAUGGAUUUUCAUGCGAAUGAAACUGCCUGGUUAUUUACAGCCUUAGAAAAUGGCAUUUACGCAAAAUAUUAGCAUUUAUUUAAAAUAACACAUUACACAAUGGACAGUAAUAAAACAAUUUUCUAAA